UAGCGCGUCGCGCAAGGUUAGCAGCAAAAUAGCAAACGGGCUAGUAGAACCAAGCAAUCAGUGGAACAGCCUCGCAGUUUUAAGAAAUAGUUUACUGCCAGUAUAUUUGUUUGUUUUCCCCCGGGUAUACGUUGUCAGCAGUUUCAGUCAACGGAGUCAGACGUCAACCUGGACAUGGUGUUUUCGUAGCAAGCAUGAAGCGUAAGAAGUCUCUCAAUCACAACGAGGGCCCGCCAAGGCACCAAGAGGCCCCGCCAAGGCACCAAGAGGGCCCCGCGAGGCACCAAGAGGAAUCGCCUCGGCCCGGCGCAGUCAUCAACCCCCUGAAGAGCUUGGUGGGCUGUCAGAUUCAGCACGGAUGGAGGGAGGCCCCGGGCAAGAUCUCCAAAUGGAAAGGCAUCGUGCUGGACCAGGUGGCCAUCGUCCCCUCCCUCUACUUGGUCAAGUAUGAGAACGUGGACUGUGUCUAUGGCAUCGAACUGCUGAAAGAUGGCCGUGUGCAGAAGCUGGAGAUUGUCUCAAAUCGCGUUGACUCUUACAUGGAGAUUGACAACAAACAGGCAGCGUCCAUGCUCGGUCGGGCAGUGCAGCACAAGUUUGAAAACGAUGACGGCUCCAAGGACGAGUGGCGAGGCAUGGUGCUGGCCCGCGCCCCCAUCAUGACACCCUGGUUCUUCAUCACGUAUGAGAAGGACCCCAUGCUCUACAUGUACAAACUCUUUGAAGACCUCAAGUCGGGAGACCUCCGGUUUCUUGCUGAAGAGGCGUCGCCGGAGGAGCCGGAGCCGGGCGAGGUGGUGGACAGCCUGGUGGGGAAGCACGUGGAGUACAGCAUGGAGGACGGCAGCAAGCGGAUCGGACUGGUCAUCCAGCAGGUGGAGGCCAAGCCCUCCGUCUACUUCAUCAAGUUCGAAGACGACUUCCACAUCUACGUCUACGACCUCAUCAAGGCCUAGGCAACAAACAAACAAAGAGGCCUCUUUUUUUCCCCUCCUCCACAUCCAUCCGUGAUCACUUUUUUUCUGACGUGACUCUUCAGGCGGAUAGAAAACCACCCACGGCUUUACAUUUGAGACAAUCUCUGACCUUUUAUAAUGGCGAGAGAAGAGGAUGAUUUUUUUAUAUUUUAUUUUGAGACAGUGUUCAUGCUCACAUCCAUGGCUUACAACGUUAAGGCCUUGCUAUGAAACAAUUGCUGGGUCAAGAAAGGUUCACUUGCUGGCAAUUCCUCUUUUCUUACCUUACAUACCCCACUGUUUAGUGAAUGAACGAACACUUUGGAUUCAGCCGAUGCCUUUUCACUGAAAAAAAAAACAUUUCUAUCUUAGCAUUAAUCACUUUUUUCUGUCGUAUUGUUUUCCUUUUUUAUGUUCCUUUUCCAGCUGUCGCUACAUUUACCAGAUUGCUUUAAACCGUUCAGUCCAACCUGCCAGUUUCUUUUUUCAGACCAGGAAAUUCCUGUCAAAACACUGGAUGUUACAAACAUCUUUUUUUACCUCAGCCUUUUUAAGUUUUGUCGGUAUAUAUAUAUAUGUAACUCACUUUUUGGGUUUGGGAAUUACUCUGGAUGGUCCUAUGGGAGUUUAUUUCCUCCUUUAUUUUCCUGUUCAUAUUGUCUUAAAUUUGUGUGUACCUAAGGUUUUGCUGACACAACAUGUUUCUGGUUUUCUGUAGUUUGAUCCACCCAAAUCAGAAUUCCUCAAAGUAACUGAACACGGCAGUGUAUUUUAUAUGGGUUGUAUCAAUCAAUAUUGCAGUGUCAUCGGUAGCCAACAUCUGUUUUGCCUUAUUGUUUUUGUGCAUUAUCUUUACUGUAUGCUUACUUUCAAAUUAUUCAUAACCCCUCUGUGUAUGAGGUUAGUGUGUACUUUUUAUCUUGUGUGAUAUUUGGUGACCGAUUACAAGUGCACUUCUUCAGAACGUCUGCUUUUCCUUCCAUAUGUAUUACAUCUAGUGAAAUGUGCCUUAAUAAGCUACAUUUUGCCCCAAGUAUGGUAAAUCCUGAAUUUCAACAAGACAAUAACACAAGAUGAGUACAACUGGCUUUCCUUUCAACUCAUGUGGAUGUUGAUGUACUGGAAUUAAAGGAGAAUUUCUGGA